AUGCUUCCCCGUCAGCCGUAUCGUGGACCAGUCCGCAAAUUGGUCCUUGCCUUUGAUGUUGGCACCACAUACAGUGCAAUUUCCUACUGUAUACUUGAUCCUGGAGAAGUUCCAAAGAUUGAGCCUGUCACCAGAUAUCCAGCCCAAGAGCACAGCGGAGGGAAUUCGAAAAUACCCUCUAUACUCUACUACGAUUCAAAUGGAAUUGCCCGUGCUAUCGGUGCUGAAGCACGACAGGAACAUGUCAUCGAAAGGGCUGAGGACGAAGGAUGGAUGAAGCUCGAAUGGUGGAAAUUGCAUCUUCGGACCAGAAAUUUGGCCGCCAACCAUAUCACCGACGAUGACGUCCCACCACUUCCGCGAGGCAAAAAUCCCGUCGAGGUGCUUGGCGACUUCAUGCAAUAUCUCUUUCGUUGUGCACGCAGCUAUAUCGAGGAGACUCAUCCAAGCGGAUCUAAUCUUUGGCGGUCACUCGAGAACCGCAUCGAAUUUGUCCUUACACAUCCAAACGGCUGGGAGGGCCCGCAGCAGAAGCAGAUGAGGCUAGCUGCCGUCCUUGGCGGUCUUAUUCCAAGCACAGAAGAAGGCAUGGCACGUGUCCAUUUGCUGACCGAAGGAGAAGCGAGUUUGCAUUUCUGUGUCGCUAAUAUCCUGGCCUCGGAUGCAUUCUCACCCAGCCAAAGCGUUGUCGUCAUCGAUGCAGGAGGAGGAACACUCGAUCUUAGUGCCUACUCAAUGACUUUAUCCCCGACACUGAUCGAGGAGAUUGCUGCAGCCGAAUGUCGACUCCAGGGUUCUGUAUUCGUGACUCGUCGUGCUCACGGUCUUAUUCAAGGAAAACUAUCCGGCAGUCGUUUCGGUACACCGGAUUUAGUCCAGCAAAUGACAGACAUCUUUGACAGCACUGCCAAACUCAGAUUCCGCAACCCGGAAGACCCGUCAUAUAUCAAGUUCGGUACUGUCCGCGACAAAGAUCCUCAGCACGAUAUCCGUAACGGUCAGCUUAAAUUGAGCGGGCAAGUCUUACAAGACGUAGCAAAACUCUUUGAACCCUCCAUCAGCAGCAUCAUAGAAGCUUUCGAAACUCAAAGAAAGGCUGCAGGCACACCGAUCACAUUUGUAUUUUUUGUCGGAGGCUUUGCUGCGAGCGACUGGAUGUUCGCCAAGUUACAAACGUACUUCCAGUCGCUUGGUAUUAGCUUCAGUCGACCAGACAACCAUUGCAAUAAAGCUGUUGCAGAUGGUGCCGUGUCCUAUUUCAUUGAUCAUCUGGUAUCGUCCCGUGUGACCCGUUUCACAUACGGCACUGAGUGCAGCGUCCCAUUUAACCCAUUUGAUAUGGAGCAUCGUGCUAGGCAAAAGCAAGUUUUCCGAAGCGCCUCGGGAAUUCUUGCUCUGCCUCGUGCAUUUUCAUCCAUACUGACCAAAGGAACACGGGUCUCUGAGCAGCAAGAGUUCAGUGAGACAUUCGCUAUCCGACGGUACAAUCAAGCAGCAUGUAACCAAAUCGAUGUCGGUAUCAUGUCGUACAAGGGCCUUCUCCCCAAACCGGAUUGGAUGGAUACAGAGCGAAACACAUCGAAAAUUGCCGAGAAACUCACACCCAAGCGUUCCGCCGAAGGUUCCACGUAUUAUGCGAUGGAGAUCAAAGUCAUUCUUCUCUUCGGGUUGACAGAAUUGAAGGCUGGGAUAAGCUGGGAAGACGGGGUAAGUCAUCAGUUUCCUGGUAGCAUCGCUAGCCUAAUCUGUGCAUUCCCAGCCCAAGAACACGUCGGAGGAGAUUCCAAAAUACCGUCCAUCAUAUGCUACGACCCAAGUGGCACUGUGCGCGCUGUAGGAGCCGAAGCAACGCAAGAACAUAUCGAAGAGGAAAUUGACGAUAACGGAUGGGUGAAGCUGGAAUGGUGGAAGCUUCAUCUUCGUCCUAGAACUAUGGCAUCUUCUCACGUCACAGACCAAGACAUCCCGGCCCUCCCGCAGAACAAGACUGCCGUCCAAGUCCUCGCUGACUUCAUGCACUACCUGCAUCAGUGCGCCAAGAAGUACAUUGAAGAUUCGCAUUCAACCGGUGCGGACAUGCUGCGCUCUGUCGAGCAUACGACCGAGUUUGUGCUUAGCCACCCGAAUGGAUGGGAGGGGCCGCAACAGAUGCAGAUCCGCAAUGCAGCAAUCAUGGCGGGGCUUGUACCCGAUACGCCAGAAGGCUGGUCAAGGAUCCAUCUCGUCACCGAGGGCGAGGCGAGUCUUCACUAUUGCCUUGGUAGUGGUCUCACUGCCAACGGAUUUCAAAAUGACGAGGGUAUCAUUAUUGUCGACGCUGGUGGAGGAACGAUCGAUGUCAGUGCAUAUCACAUGACAGCAGCGCCAUCCUUCGAGGAGAUCGCACCUGCAGAGUGUCGCUUACAAGGAUCCAUCUUCGUAAGCCGUAGGGCCAAGACAAUGCUCCGAGGUAGUGUAUUAGCGUUGUCCUAUAAUAUGGUUUCUCAUAUGGCUGCGAUUUUUGAUUCAACAACAAAGCAACGAUUCGGAAAUGAGAACGACCCAGCAUACAUCAAAUUUGGUACCAUCAAAGACAAGGACCCUAGUUUCAACAUCAGAUCUGGGCAGUUAAAGUUGAUGGGGUCCGAUGUAGCGACGUUAUUCGAGCCAUCUGCAGUGGCUAUAAUCGAAGCGAUCGAAGAGCAGCGCCAUGCUGCAACCAGGACUAUCAACACCGUUUUCCUCGUCGGUGGUUUCGCAGCUAGUGAAUGGCUCUUCCUGAGACUACAAGACCAUUUAAAACCAUUGGGAUUCGAUUUUUGUCGACCUGACAGCCAUACGGCUAAGGCGGUGGCGGAUGGGGCCGUAGCAUUUUUCCUGGAUCAUCGUGUCUCUGCACGUGUCGCCAAGUUCACGUAUGGUACACGCUGUGCGACACAAUUCGACAGGAACGAUCCUCAACACAAGCUGCGUGCCAGCAUGGCUGUCCCACGCCCAUCAGGCAGGACAGUCCUGCCUAAUGCAUUUAGUACAAUUCUGGCCAAGGGCACGGCUGUAUCCGAGACAAAAGAGUUCAGCAAGAGUUUUAUUACGGAGGUAGUAGAUCGCUCUGCAUGCAAUAUGAUUGCCACGGAGAUCGUAUGCUACAGGGGUGACAACCCCAAUCCACGAUGGACAGAUUCGGAACCAAGCAUGUUCUCGACCUUAUGCAAUGUGCAUGCGGACACGUCGAAAGUGGCAAGCAGCAUCAGCCCGCGACGGGGUUAUGCUGGACUGCAGUUCUAUCGCCAAGAGUUUAGUAUCAUCCUCAUGUUUGGCCUGACGGAGCUACAGGCGCAACUUUCUUGGAAAGAGGAUGUAAGUGCCUCUCGUGAUCUUGUGCCAAGAUGUAUGGUAUUGAUGCACCUGCGACGUCUAGGGGAUUGA